ACAACAGGUAGUCCGUCUUUCAAUUCAGUAUUAAAUUCGCUUUUCACAAUCAAAAAAGACCGGUUCAUCGUUCGAAGUUCUAAUUCAUUCGUGCUAAGUGCCAUUUGAUCAAAUUUUCAUCAAAAUUGUUCGGAUUCUGCCACUAAAAGUGUAUCAAGAACAAAAUGGGAGUGCCACGAUUGAGCGCCGGAGAUCCUGGAUCUUACUCUAAUCCACAUGAAGCCAUCGUUCAACACAUGGACGUUCAUUACGACGUAGAUUUCAGUAGAAGUGUACUAUCUUCGGUUGUCACUUUAACCGUGUAUUUGAAAUCGAACGAUACCAAAGAACUGAUACUCGAUACUAGAGAUCUUCAUGUGAAGAAAAUCUACAGCGAAGAGAACAAAAACGAGCUCGAGUAUACGUUGGAUAAACCUGUUCAUACAUUUGGGAGCAAGUUAACCAUUAAUAUACCUCAUACAACUGCCAAAAGGGUACUGAUUACGAUAGAAUAUGAAACUGAUCCGAAGUCGACCGCUUUACAAUGGUUGAAACCGACUCAGACAGCUGGUAAAAGUCAUCCGUACCUUUUCAGUCAGUGUCAACCGGAUCAUUGUCGAUCAAUUAUACCUUGCCAAGAUACACCUUCGGUGAAAGGAACUUACAGAGCUACCGUUACAGUUCCUGAAGAAUUCGUCGCCUUAAUGAGUGCUGUGAAAGAAAAAGAACCCUCGACACUGCCAAAUGGUAAAAAGAAGUUCUUCUUUAACCAAACCGUUUCCAUACCAGCUUACUUGGUGGCCAUCGCAGUAGGAAAUCUAGAAAGCAAACAGUUAGGUCCUCGUUCUUCGGUUUGGUGUGAACCGGAGAUUCUAGAAAGAGCUGCGUACGAAUUCGCCGAAACAGAGAUAAUGUUGAAAACGGCCGAAGAUAUUUGUGGUCCUUACGUAUGGAAAAUCUACGAUUUGCUAGUUCUACCACCUUCGUUUCCUUUCGGUGGUAUGGAAAAUCCGUGUUUAACUUUUAUCACGCCGACAUUAUUAACCGGUGAUCGUAGCAUGGUAUCUGUGGUAGCUCAUGAAAUAUCCCAUAGUUGGACUGGGAACUUGAUAUCGAUCAAAAACUUCGAACAUUUUUGGCUCAACGAAGGAUUCACUACGUUUAUCGAACGUAAAAUCAACGGACGUUUGAAAGGCGAACCCUAUCGACAUUUUUGUGCCAUCGGUGGCCUCAAAGAUCUAAGGCAAUCGAUAAAAACUCUCGGAGAUAAAAAUCCGUACACGAAGCUGGUAGUGGACUUGACCGGUGUCGAUCCAGAUGACGCAUUUUCAACCUGUCCGUACGAGAAAGGCCACACGUUUUUAUUUUACCUAGAAGAACUCGUCGGUGGAGCUGAUAAAUUCGAGUCUUUUUUGAGAUCGUAUUUCACCCAGUUUAAAAAUCAGUCGGUCGAUACGGAUGACUUUAAGAAGCAUUUUUUGAAUUAUUUCGCAGCUGAAGAGAAAGUCAAAACGAUUGAUUGGGAUUCUUGGUUAUUUACGCCGGGAAUGCCGCCGUAUAUUCCCGAAUACGACACUACGAUGCAAGAAGCGGUCGUCAGAUUGGUGAAUAUAUGGUCCAAAACUAAAACCGAUGAUGAAUUACCUCAGAGUGCCGAUGAUUUCAAAGCACUUAUACCAGAACAAGUCGAAGAAUUUUGUGCUUUAUUAUUAGAGCGUGAGCCUUUACCGUUGGACAGGUUGAAGAAACUGGAUCAACUAUACGACUUGAGUUCGAUCAAAAAUACUGAAAUCAAGUUCAGAUGGUUAAGACUCUGCAUCAGAUCAAGGUGGGAAGAAAAAAUAGACGAAGCGUUGGAAUUCGCCACCGAACAAGGCCGUAUGAAAUAUGUCCGUCCAAUAUUCAGGGAUUUAUUUGCUUGGGAGAAAUCGAGGACCAAAGCUAUAAAGAGGCUGAGAGAACACGAGACCAGUAUGAUGCACGUAUUAGUCAGGAAUUUGAACACAGAUUUAGAAAAUACCAUCGUCGUCUCGUAAUUAUGGUGAUUUUUCACAGUCAAUGUAAUUUCAUCACUGUCGUGCACUUUUACAUGUAAAUAUAAUUUUUUUUUCGUU